UCUUGCGACGUAGGUCCUUUCCGAUUCUACCUGUCGACUGUACAGGGUCGGGCUCGGGAAACGCAGAGGGUUUCCAGUUUCUUGCCUGCUACCCACGGAAAAAGCUGAAACUGAAGCUGACAGAAAUAAAAGCUUUGAUUGGUCAGUUCUGUUGACGUCAUCAUGACGGAUCCCAACGCGGAUGAGACUGUAAGGGAUUAUGGCCUGAGUCGGAACUUCAGCAGCGACAACUUCAAUGCCGAAGCCAGUGAUGCCCAUCGUCAGAUGAUCGGAGUCCGGUUGCCCAGGAGACAGCAGCGUCCUUCCCGUUCUAAUUCCAGUUCCAGACGACAUCGGGAACAAAAUGGCUACCCUAAAAACUCCGAUACUUCCGGUCCAAAUCCAGCUGAGAUUACAACAGGUCUCCCUGCUUCCCUAUCGCCAAGUGAGCACAUUCAGCAGAUUCUGGGCGAGAAUGAGGAGACUCAUGCCGUGUUCUGUCAGAUGGACACCCUUUACACCGCUCUUAAUGAGUACCAAUGGAGGGAAACAGCCAGAUGGGUGAAAUAUGAGGAGGAUGUAGAAGAUGGAGGAGAGCGCUGGUCUAAACCCCACGUUGCCUCGCUUUCGCUACACUCCCUGUUCGAGCUCCGGUCCUCCCUUUUAAUGGGAGCCGUGAUGCUUGACAUGGACGCCUUUCACAUCACCCAGGUUGCUGACCUCAUCAUAGAUCAGCUCAUCAAUGCCAAACUUCUUGAAAGCAACCUCCGUAACAACGUUAGAGCAGCAAUAAUCGCAAACCAUGCCCAUCAACAUCAAAAGCGCAGGCGCAGUAUGAUGCCAUCCGAACACGAAUCAAUGGCGGACUUCCGAAAACGUUCAAUGAAGAGGAACUUCUCUAGUCAAAUGUCUUUCAGAUCUCGCGACAGCUCAGCGAAGUUAAACAGAAAUCCAAAUAGCGUUCCUGAAAACAUCGGCGACAUUUUAACAGAGUCUGCGUCAUCUGCAAAGUUGAAUCAACAAUUUAUGAAAAAGAUUCCCGAAGGCGCAGAAGCAGCCAAUAUUCUGGUCGGAGAAUUGGAUUGUCUGAAGUACCAAAUCACGGCGUUUGUCAGACUGACCGAAGCAAGAUCUAUUGGAGAUCUGACUGAGGUCCCAAUACCAACCAGAUUCGUCUUCGUUCUUCUAGGACCUCCCGGAAGUCAAAACAAGAACGUGGAAAUGGGAAGAUCCAUGUCCACCCUUAUGGUUGAUGAGGUGUUUAGGGAAGUAGCAUACCGAGGCAAGAACAGACAAGAUCUCCUGUCAGGAAUUGACGAGUUUCUGGACCAGGUCACCGUCUUACCACCCGGAGAAUGGGAUCCAAAAAUCAGAAUAGAACCCCCAGACAAAGUACCUUCUCAGGAUCCAAGAAGACAACAAAAUGCCAAGGUACCAGAGGGCCCUAAAGUAGCAGCAGAGAUGAUUGAAGAGGAAGAAAGUCAUAUGGACCCAACCUUAGUUAGAACUGGAAAACUCUUCGGAGGAUUGAUAGCCGACAUCAAACGUAAGAUCCCAUGGUAUGCUAGCGACUUCAAGGAUUGUCUACACAUCCAGUGCGUUGCUUCCACCUUGUAUCUAUACCUGGCUACCUUAACACCCAAUGUCACGUUCGGAGGUCUUCUAGGAUUGGCGACAAACCAAUAUAUGGGUACCAUGGAAUGUAUUUUAACAGCUGCUAUUGUCGGUAUUCUUUUCGCCCUCUUUGCUGGUCAACCCCUAAACAUUCUUGGUAGUACUGGACCUAUGUUGGUUUUGGAAAUGAUUGUCUACAGCUUCUGUAUGGAUCAAGGCUGGGACUAUUUACCUUUCCGAGCGUGGACGGGAAUAUGGACAACGGUUAUCAUAAUGAUUGUCGUGGCCUUUGACCUCAGCGCUCUUGUACGGUAUAUCACAAGAUUUACGGAAGAGAGUUUUGCCUGCUUGAUUGCCAUCAUUUUCAUUUACGAGGCCAUCAAAAAAGUCAUCGGAAUCACGAAGAAGUACCCUGUUGACCUUCACCCGGAGAUGGAACACGUUUACAACUGCUCAUGCAUGCCGACUUUGGACAACAACUCUACAUUUUUCAAUACUACAGAUCUUACAAUGAGCGCUGGCCCUGCAUACGCUGUUGAGGCCACAACUAUGGGCUUCAUGAAUGCAACCACUAUGGACUACUCUUCUCUGAGCGAGGAAAUGUGCAAAAUGUACAACGGAACCAUGAUUGGACCAGACUGUAGUACCCAUCCUUACGUUGCUGAUGUCUUCUUCUUGUCACUCAUUUUGUUCGCCGGCACCUACGUCAUUGCAACCUCCCUGAAAGAAUUCAAGAACAGUGGAUACUUUCCAACCUUUGUUCGUCAAAUCUUCAGCGACUUUGCAGUGUUGAUCGCCAUUAUCUGCAUGGUUGGUCUUGACAUGGCAAUCGGAAUCGGUACUCCCAAACUAGAAGUUCCAGAAAAGUUCUCUCCGACCAAACCAGGCCGUCCAUGGUUCAUCAACCCCAUCAGCGACAAAAAUCCAUGGUGGAUCAUCCUGGUCACCAUUAUUCCUGCUGCUUUGUCCACCAUUUUGAUUUUCCUUGAUCAGCAAAUUACAGCUGUUAUCGUCAACAGGAAAGAGAACAAACUUCAGAAAGGGAAUGGAUACCAUUUGGACUUAUUCGUGGUGGGAAUAUGUGUGUUGAUCUGUUCUUUGAUGGGACUACCCUGGUACGUGGCUGCCACUGUCUCCGCUCUGGCCCACAUCAUGAGUUUGAAGAAGGAAUCAGAGUGCUCUGCCCCUGGAGAGAAACCUGUUUUCUUGGGAUGCCGAGAACAGCGCGUGACUGCUUUGGCUGUAGGAAUUCUUAGUGGAUUGUCUGUAUUCAUGACGAAAAUAUUGAAGGUCAUUCCUAUGCCCGUACUGUACGGAGUAUUCUUAUACAUGGGUGUUGCUGCCCUCAAAGGAAUGCAGUUCAUCGACCGUAUUGCGCUUAUCUUCAUGCCAAAGAAAUACCAACCCGACCACAUGUACCUACGUCACGUGCCAAUCAAGCGUGUCCACCUCUUCACCUUUUUACAGAUCAUUUGUCUUGGUGUUCUGUGGGUUGUCAAAAUGGUCAAAUCCAUCUCCAUCUUAUUCCCUGUCAUGGUUUUGGGUACCUGUAUUGUGAGAAAGUUGUUCGACUAUAUAUUUCAACAAAGAGAACUGAAAUGGUUAGAUGACUUGAUGCCUGAAGACAAGAAAAUGGCCAAAGAGGAUUUACUGAAGGCGGCAGAAGAAGAGCAAGAAAAGCUAUUGGAAGAAGAGGAGAAGAAAUUUAACUAUAAUGACAGAGUGAACAUUUCUGAGGAAGUCAACAAGACCGGCAUGUGGCUUCAAGUACGUCGUAGUUCUACCAGGGACGAUCACCACCACAAAAAUGACAGAAAUAAGAACAUGAAGAACGAAGAAAACACAGAGAAGAAAGGACAAAAAGCCGCAUUUUAUUUUGGAGAGAAUGCUUAAAUAUAACCGUUAACCUAGGACUUACUUAUAUAAGAAUUCUCUCUGGCGUCCUGUAAAGCACGUCUUCCAGACAGGUCGCUGAGAAAUUUGUGCAUGUCGAUAUAGUUUCUUUGUGUUAUUUGUGUUCGCCACCGACAUCAAUACUCGUAUAGUAUUAAAAAAACACCAUUAUACUUUGUGUACAGAUGACUAAUGGUAAAAAAGAUUUAGUUAAACAGAAAAUGGCUACUCCAACUGUAUUUUUUUUUUAGAAUUGACAAUGCAAUUAUUUUACAAGUGUAUUUUUCAGGUUAUAAAUUUUAAUGAUUUUGAUGGUGCUUUCAACUUAAUAACAUGCAUUUUAGAAGAAAUAAGAAUAGUUGCUUAUUGUAUAAGACUGAAAUUUUUGCACCUGAUAACUUCAAUUGCAAUAUAUUUCACUGGUCACAUUAGAGCAUUAUGAGAUCUACAAGAAUUGUAAUUUAAUUUAUAUACGGAAUAAAAGACUCGAAAUAUGAA